AUGGAGACGAUUUUCGAGUUUAUGCAAUGCAGCAACUCGGAUAGGCUAAGGUGUGCAUCUUUUAUGUUCAAAGAUGAUGCAAGAAUCUGGUGGCAAGGAGCCAAGUCCACCAUCGACCUUAAUGCAACAACCUGGGAAGAAUUCAAGGAUGUAUUUUAUGGCAAGUACUUCACAUUAAGCACCAGAAAUAAGUUGGACAGGGAGUUUCUGGAAAUCCGCCAGGGGGAUGCAAGUGUUGCUGACUAUGUUAAGAAGUUUGAGCGGGGUAAAUAUUUUGCACCAAUGAUAACAGGAAAUGUUGACUUGGAGCUGAACCAUUUUUUAGAAGGGCUCAAUGCAACUAUUCGCCGAGAUAUAAGGCUGAGCAAUGCUGCAACCAUGAGGGAAACCAUUGAUAGAGCACUGAUGGAGGAAAAAGACAGCCAAGACAUAAGUUCCAACGUUUGUUUCUUAUGUAAGAAAGCUGAGCAUUAUAAGCGUGAUUGCCCACAAUUGAAGAAGGUCAUACUAGACAGAGUCUAUUCAAUGAGCCAAAAGGAGGUGAAUCCAAAUUCCACUAUUAUCACAUGUAAUUUAUUAAUUGCUGAUAAAUUAGCCAAUACCUUGAUAGAUACUGGAGCAACAAAUUCUUUUAUUUCUACAUGCUUUGUGCAACAAGCUGGCUUGAAACCAAUUGAGUCCAUGGCUGUUUAUAAAAUAUCUCUACCAUCUGGACCUGGUCUUAAAACUAAUAAGUUUGUUAGAGCUUGUGAAAUUCAGCUCCAAAAUCACAAGAUGUUUGUGGAUCUUGUGGUGGUGGAGAUGUCUGGAUUUGAUGUUAUUUUAGGAAUGGAAUGGCUACUCCGUCAUGAGGCUUAA